AUGAAUAAACCACCUGACUACUCCAAAGGAGGUCCUAAUCAGGUUAGCAAAUUGUUAAAGAGUCUCUAUGGCUUGAAGCAAGCCUCUAUACAAUGGUAUGCCAAACUCACCUCACAUUUAUUGGAUUUUGGCUUUUCUCAGUCCAAGGCAGAUUAUAGUCUUUUUGUCAAGACAACUAAUGACUCUUUUACAGCUCUUUUAGUCUAUGUUGAUGACAUACUUGUGGCCAGUGACUCCCAUGACUCUAUAGCUGCUCUCAAAGUCUUCUUGAAUGAUCACUUCAAAAUUAAAGACCUUGGUCCUCUUCGCUACUUUCUUGGUAUUGAGGUUGCCCGUUGCUCUCAAGGAAUUUAUAUUUGUCAAUGCAAAUAUGCUCUUGACAUCCUUGCUGAUUCUGGUACUUUAGGUUCCAAACCUAUCAAAGUGCCAAUGGACCAGAACUUAAAACUAAGCAAAGCAGUUGGUUCUACAUUGAAGGAUCCUUCCAUUUAUCGUCGGUUAGUAGGGAGAUUGCUAUAUCUCACUAUUACUCGCCCGGAUAUAAGUUAUGUUGUCCAUACAUUGAGCCAAUUCAUGGCCACUCCUACGUCAGCUCACUUGGCUGCUGCUCACAAGGUGCUCAAGUACAUUAAGACAACUCCAGCUCAAGGCAUUCUAUUCUCUACUGCCUCUUCUCUGCAACUUUCAACUUAUUGCGACUCAGAUUGGGCCUCUUGCCCCGAUACUCGUCGCUCUGUCACUGGAUAUUGUGUACUAAUAGGAAACUCUCUCAUUUCUUGGAAAUCUAAAAAGCAGAUUGUGGUUUCACACUCUUCAGCUGAAGCUGAAUAUAGAGCUAUGGCAGCAACAUGUUCCGAGUUAACUUGGCUUAGGUUUCUCCUUACUGAUCUUCAAGUUGAUCACCCUCAAGCUGCACAACUUUUCUGUGAUAACCAAGCCGCGCUUCACAUCGCUGCCAAUCCUCUUUUUCAUGAGAGAACCAAGCACAUUGAGAUAGAUUGCCAUUCAAUUCGAGACAAAAUCCUUGAUGGUUCAAUUUCUACUUCUCAUGUUUCUACACAUCUGCAACUUGUAGAUUUUCUAACCAAAGCUCUGCCUUUUUCAGUUCUUCACACUCAUUUGCUCAAGAUGGGAAUAGUAAACUUCUAUUCUCCAUCUUGUGAGGGGGUAUUGCAGCAUACAAGUGCUACAAGUUGUUAUUCACAAGGCCCAUCUACUACAAGUCGUUUACCCUCUACUGAUUAUACACGAGAAGAAGGACCUGACUGA